CUCUGUAAAAUCGAAAGGAGGAAGGAGACGUGACGCUCAGAACAGCGACCUCAGGCGCAGCGCUCCGAGACGCGCAGAGAAUCCGCAGGAACAUCAACGAUGGCGCUAUCCUCUGUCCUCCAAACUCCUGCAGCUGGAUUCAACUUUGACAAUGUGACGAGAAAUGCUGCUUUAGAGGGUCUUUCUGAAGGAGGACAGACCCCCAAACCUCUAAAAACUGGAACCACUAUAGCAGGAGUUGUGUUUAAGGAUGGAGUCGUCCUUGGAGCCGACACAAGAGCCACGUCCAGUGAAGUGGUGGCCGACAAGAUGUGUGCCAAGAUCCACUACAUCUCUCCAAAUAUAUACUGCUGUGGAGCAGGAACAGCAGCAGACACAGAGAAAACCACAGAUCUCCUGUCCUCCAACCUCUCUAUCUUCUCACUGAACAGUGGGAGAAAUCCUCGUGUCGUCAUGGCUGUAAACAUCCUGCAGGAUAUGCUGUACAGGUAUCAUGGUCAGGUUGGUGCCAACCUGAUACUGGGAGGAGUGGACUGUACUGGGAACCACCUGUACACCGUAGGCCCAUUUGGAAGCGUUAAUAAGGUUCCUUACCUUGCAAUGGGAUCUGGAGAUCUGGCUGCUCUUGGGAUUUUAGAAGAUGGGUUCAAACACGAUCUAGAGCUGGAGAAGGCGAAGGAGUUGGUACGAGCUUCUAUCCAUGCAGGCAUCAUGAGUGACCUUGGCUCAGGCAACAACAUCGACAUCUGUGUGAUCACCAGACAAGGAGUGGACUACAUCAGACCCUACCAGGAGUCAGAGUACAGAAAUGACAGGAAAAUAAAAUACAAGUAUCGUCCAGGAACGACGGCAGUUCUAACAGAGAAAAUUGUUCCCUUAAAGCUGGAGGUCGUCCAAGAGUCUGUGCAGAAGAUGGAUACCGCCUGAUCUUUAAUAAAAAGCCUCACUUUAUAAACACCCAAA